AUGGAGGCAUAUAUAGAUGACAUGCUUGUCAAGAGCCAAGUUAUCCCAGACAAUGUUGCCGACCUUCAGGAGACCUGUGACACUCUUCAUCGAUUUAGGAUGAAAUUGAAUCCAAUGAAAUGUACCUUCGGAGUCAUCGUUGGCAAAUUUUUUGGGUCUAUGAUCUUACGAAGAGGCAUUGAAGUAAAUCUCGAGAAGAUCAAGGUGGUUCUCAAAAUGACGUCUCCAAGAACCAUCGAGAAAUGGACUAUCGAAUGCCAAAAGAUAUUUGAGGAGUUGAAACAGUAUCUCAGCUCUCCACCGUUGCUCUUGAAACCUCAACCCGAUGAGAAAUUAUUGUUAUAUAUUGCCAUAUCUCUAGUAGCAAUCAGCUCAGUGCUUGUUUGUGAAGAAGGAUGGGUUCAGAAGCCCAUAUACUACACCAGCAAAGCCCCUCACAAUGCGGAGACCAGAUACUCUAAGCUCGAGAAGCUAAUUUUUGCACUAGUUGUCACGACGAGGAAACUGUGGCCUUAUUUCCAGGCUCACACAGUGGUGCUGCUCACGGAUCACCUGAUCAAGGCCGUUCUCCACCGCUCGGAUACCUCAGGAUGGAUUGCAAAGUGGGCACUGAAACUUGUCGAGAUGACAUGCAGUACCGUCCAAAGCCUGCUAUCAAGGCCCAGGGAAAGCUCAAAGGCUACAAAGGGCUCAAGAGGAGGUGAAAGCUCAAAAAUCAGAGAAAGCUUAAUAGUGGAAGAGGUAGAUACAAGGUCCGCCCCAGAUGAGCUGUGGAUGCUGCAUGCUGACGGUUCGUCAAAUACAGCGGAAGCAAGGGCUGGGCUCAUUUUGACCAAUUCUGAAGAAGAUAUCACAGGGUAUGCACUGCGCUUUGAGUUUCUGGCUACCAACAAUAAAGCAGAAUAUGAAGCUCUGAUCGUGGGUCUCAAAGUGGCAGAAGAAACAGGGGCCCAAUAUUUGAAGGUCUUCAGCGAUUCUCAACUAGCGGUUGGGCAAAUUAAGGGUGAGUAUGAGGCCCGAGAGAAAAAUAUGAAGAAAUAUCUUCAAAAGGUCUCCAAACCAGACAAUGCCAGAAUAAAUGCGCUAUCAAAGCUAGCGGUCUUGUUGCCCACCGAUUUAGAGAACAGGAUCUACUUCGAGGUGCUCAAAGCCUCGACCCUUGAGGAGCUUCUCGUUGUUCAGUAA